AUGCAGGGCAAUGGCCUGGAGACUUCAGAGUUUGAGCACCUGUUGGCGGAGAUCGGGCUGAGUACAUUGCUGGCCUUGGCGCUAUUCGUGGUGGUGAAGCUAAGUGUGGAUGCCAUGCGCCGCAGCAGAGCAAAGGUCUCAGUGUUGGUGGUGGGCGCUGGCCCGGUGGGACUGACAGCUGCCCUGGUUGCUGUCCGCUCGGGCAAGGUGCUGAAGCUGACACUGCUGGACAUGUGUCCCCGUGCCACCCUCCUGUGCCGGUCCCAGCAGAUCGCCCUCGACCCCCGCAGCGUCCGAUUCCUGUUGAGGCUGGGGGUGGACUUUGGCAACCUGGAAGGCUGCUGGGAGAAGGGGCAUUUCUUCACCAAGCUGGGCAUCUUCCAGGAGCAGCUGCUUAGCAUUCUGGAGCAGUACACGAGGCAAGUGGCUCUCCGGAUCUUGCUGGGAACCAAGUUCUCAAUUGAAUUUUUAAAAAAGGAUUUAGUGUCUAAUUGGCCAAAGAUCAUUGUCUUAGCUGAUGGAACCUGUGGUGAAUCAAGUGUAAUCCUUGGAAUCAACCCAGAAUACACUGUGGAAUCUUGCAAUGCUUAUGGAGCAAAUGCAGUGAUGGAGAGACCUGAUCAACGACAGGUGCCAACUCCAGAGAUCCGUGCUCAUAAUUUGUACUUUGAUCUCUCUGCUUAUGGCAUGGAUAAAUUAGCCAUAAAAACAGAAUUUCCAAAAACCGCAUUCCAUCUCAAAAUCCAUGGCACAUUCCGCAAUCGUUGUUUGGCUUUGGCUUGUCCUGCUUCUGACUCCAAGAUUAUAAAGUUCCUACAUCAUACCCUCAAUUCUACUAUAAUGAAAAGUAUCUUCCAGCAGUCUUUCAAUGCUUAUAAGAUGGACAUUGAGCCACGAAUUGGGGAAAAAAUGCUCCAUUGUAUCCGGUGCAGUCACCGACUCUUUGAAAUUGUGCUGUCCCAUCGACGGGUCACAACUGCUUUCCUUGCGGAGGACAAUAUUGUGGUCACUGUUGAAGGUGAAGCAGCCAGAAUGCUGAAUUUUGACACAGGCUGUGGAGUUAAUCUUGGUCUGAAAGGUUUGGAGUCAAUGGAAGAAUUGAUUUAUAAGGUGGCCACCGCUGUGGAUCAUCAGGAUAUUUUUAAGGCCCUGGCAGCUAAAAUCCAGCAUUCCAGACAAGUGGUUGAAGAUUUUAAGCAGAAUGGAUUAUCUGCUACCAUGUUUGAAUGAUCAGAUCGGAGGACAGUUGAGAUGCAGAGAUUGAUGGCCAUUUUGCCUUUUUCUGCACAUCAAGA